UAUGACAGUUGUUGUUAUUGUAGUUCAUCGAUAAAAAAACAAAAACAAAUUUCACAUAGAAUUUCCAGUCAUAUUUUAUCAGCUGUUCAAUAUAUUUUCAUUUUUUCUGUGAUUUACAAAUGCGACGAGAACGCAUUCAAAAUACUGUGUUGUUAAAAUUGUUUGACUUGAUUUUUAUUUUCCCGAUUGGAAGUAAUAAAUAAUUUUAAAAAAGCUGUUAUUAUUAGUCAUUUAACAUACAACAUUUUAUCAAUUCGAUGCGGUAAACAAUGUGUGUGGAGUAUUAAUAGCAGCAACAAAGAAGAAGGGCGUUUAAAAUUGGAUGAAAAUAAAAUAUUUUCAUGGAAAAAUAAAAAAGUACCUGCAUAAAAAAAUCAUAGAAAAAUAUUUCAUAAAAUAUGAUUUUGUAUGAUGAUUGGAAUUUGCCGUGGAACUGGUCAGAUUUUUGCUCUACCGGAGUGCGACCAUUUGCUAGUGAUUCAAAUGAUUUGCUACCCUGCUUUCAGGAAAUUAUUUUACAAUUACCCAUCUAUACGCUGUUUGCGGCCAUAUCAGCAUAUCAUUUUGGAGCUUAUACAAAAUGUUUAGUACGAGAUCGUACACAAUUAUGGGCCAUUUAUUUGCGUGCUGCGUCUACAAUUCUUUUGGCUAUUCUACCAGUAUUAAAACUAUUUGAAUUUUAUCGCUUGGGUGUAAGAUUAUAUGCAGCCGAUAUACUUGUUGUUUGUACGGAAUGUGUUAUGUGGGUGGUGCACAGUGGCUAUCUUCUUACUUCACGCACUUUCGGUGAACUAAGUCACAGAGGGCCUCUAGUCAUGAUAGUCAUGUGGUUGGCGAUAUUUGUUUUAGAUGCAGUAUGGUUACGUUCUAGUCGACAUUUUGAUUGGUGGCCAUGGAGUUUGGCUACCUUAUUACUUGAUGUUUUUUAUGGUUUAACGCUUAUACCGAAUGGUAAAGCAACCUAUACAGCAGCCCGUUAUCCACAUGCUAAUACUGAAACGACAUCACUACUAUCGCCACGUUAUACACACUUUCAUUUCGAUUUUAAUGAAGCUCAUUUGGGACAUGCCCAAGACGAAGCAAAUUGUUUCUCGAGAUUAUAUUUUCAUUGGGUAGGUCCUCUGAUCUCGAAAGGUGUGGCUGGUAAUCUAAGGCGUAUUGAAGAUCUAUUUGAUUUGCCAGAUGCUUUAAAUAUACCAAGAAUAAGUGAAAAGUUACAGAUUAGUAUAUCGAGAUCGAAAAAUUUAUUUUGGUCUUUACACAAAGCAUUUGGCAAAGAAUUUUAUUUGAUUGGCAUAUUAAGAUUCAUAGCUGACAUAUCAAGUUUUGCUGGUCCUUUGCUCUUGGGUGGUUUAUUGAGCCAAGGUUACUCUAGUGAUGAUACAAAUGAAGAGAAUUAUAAUUGGGCACCUUACUGGUAUGCUUUGGGUUUAUUUGGCACUCAGUUAAUAUAUACCUUUUGCUCGUGUCACUUUAAUUGGCGCAUGUCCAUGAUUGGCAUGAAAAUGCGCAUUGGCGUAGUUAGCGCUAUUUAUCGUAAAGCUUUAGAAGCUCGCGGCUUAAAAAAUGCUCGUCCUGAGGUAUUAAAUCUCAUGUCUACCGAUACCGAUCGCAUAGUCAAUUCUUGCAUUUCUUUUCACUCAUUCUGGAGCAUACCAUUUCAGCUGUUCACUACACUAUAUUUACUGUACACCCAACUAGGAGCUGCCUUUAUAGCGGGUGUUAUUUUUGCCGUUGCUCUUAUACCCAUUAAUCGUUGGUUGGCUAAACGUAUUGGCCAUUACUCACAAGGUCUUAUGACAGCUAAAGAUGCUCGUAUAUCAGCUACCAGUGAAACAAUUACGGGCGCAAAACAAAUUAAACUUAAUGCUUGGGAAGACGUUUUCAUUAAGAAAAUCUUAAACUUUCGUCAAGAUGAAAUGAAAUUUUUAGCUAAACGCAAAUAUUUAGAUGCUUGGUGUGUUUAUUUUUGGGCUACCACACCGGUUCUUAUGUGUUUUUUGACAUUUGGUGUUUCAGUGUGGAUGGGUAAUCCUUUGGUGGCAUCCACAACAUAUACCAGUGUGGCUUUGUUGAAUUUACUUAUUGGUCCAUUGAAUGCAUUCCCAUGGGUACUGAAUGGUUUAAUAGAGGCAUGGAUUUCGGUGAAACGGGUUCAGGAGUUAAUGGAUCUAGAAAAUUUAGACUUUUCUUCCUAUUAUGAUCCCAUAAUGAAAGGAAGCUCCAUGACAUCGGUCGAUGACAGACCGGUAGUAUUACAAUUCAAAGAUGCUACUUUCGAAUAUGACACGAUUAACAAUGAUGAUGAUGUACAAACAACAACAUUUACAUUGGAAAAUGUUAAUAUGGAAGUGAAAAAGGGCGAACUUGUCUGUAUUGAGGGACCAGUGGGAGCUGGUAAAAGUAGUUUCAUAGCAGCCAUAGUAGCCGGUAUAAAUUGCUUAAAUGGUUCAAUAUGUCUACAAGAUUUUACCUCAGGCUUUGGUUAUGUUCCCCAAACACCCUGGCUGCAACGUGGCACUAUACGCGAUAAUAUCGUUUGGGGUAGUACUUUCGAUGAGAAAUGGUAUAAAACUGUUUUAUUUGCUUGCGCUUUAAAUGAUGACUUGUUGGCUUUGGGUGGGGAUUUAGUGGGUGUGGGUGAGAAUGGUCGUACAUUAUCGGGUGGUCAAAGGGCUAGGGUGGCUUUAGCCAGAGCAGUGUAUCAAGAUAAGAAAAUUUAUUUGUUGGAUGAUAUUUUGGCCUCAUUGGAUGCUCAUGUGGCGCGUCAUAUUAUUAAGCAUUGUAUACUAAAUCUGUUGAAAGAUAAAACAAGAAUUAUAGUAACGCGCAGUGUUACCUUAUUCUAUCAUGCUAAUCAGAUUUUACACAUUGAAAAUGGCAAAUUAACUCCCAGCGAAUACAUGUCUGAAAGUAUAGAUUUAAGUUUAGAAGACUCCAAUGAUGAGGCUGAUAUGAAUGAAAGACGAGCAUCUAUUGACUUGGAUGCCUUACAGAUGGCUCAUGAAAAGAAAAGUGUCGACAGCAUUAUGCUAGAUGAAACAAGAGAAUAUGGAAAUUUAUCAAUGAAUGUAUUUGCUUGCUAUUGGAAAGCGGUGACAACACCAUUAGGUUUAAUUGUUCUCCUGUCGGUGGUACUAAUGCAGGUAACACGUAAUUUGUCUGAUGCUUGGUUGGCUCAUUGGGUAACCGAUACAACAUUGGAUAAUAACACCUCUAGCGAUAAUACUUUAGAACGUGUCAUACAACCAUCUUGGUGGAAGGAAUCUAUUAACAAUUCUACCCCCACUGGUCAUACAACUGCAUAUUAUUUGUCCAUUUUUGCUUCAUUGGCUUUAACGAAUUCUUUAAUGACUUUAGCACGGGCUUUUCUAUUUGCCUUUGCUGGCCUGAAGGCUGCCAAAUAUAUUCACGACAAAUUGCUUAAUAAAGUAAUCUAUGCCAAAUUUAGCUUUUUCGAUGUCACCUCAGUGGGCCGCAUUUUAAAUCGUUUCUCCUCAGAUACCUACACUGUGGAUGAUUCUUUACCUUUUAUUUUAAAUAUUUUAUUGGCUCAAGUUGUGGGUCUAGUGGGUUCAGUAUUUAUUAGUUUAUAUGCCAUGCCUUGGUUAAGUUUAGUUGUCAUACCCAUGGUUCCUGUAUACUUAAGUUUACAGCAUCGUUAUCGUCAUGCCUCGCGUGAUAUUAAGCGCCUUUCGAGUAAUGCUUUGUCGCCGCUAUACACUCAUUUUACCGAGACCUUACAGGGCUUAGUCACCAUUCGAACAAUGCGUGUUAGCAUACGUUUUCAACGUGACUUCCAUGCCAAGUUGGAGGAAAGUAUUAAGGCUCAAUUGACUUCUUCGGCUGCACAAAAUUGGUUGAGUAUACGUUUGCAGUUGUUGGGUGCAUUCUUGGUGGGUGGUGCUGGUAUUUUGGCAGCCAUUACUUCAGCUCAUGCUACUAAUCCUGGUCUAGUGGGCUUAGCCAUAUCGUAUGCUUUAAGUAUUACGCACAUUUUGGGAGGAGUUCUCAAUGCAGUGGCCGAAACCGAACAAGAAUUGGUGGCUGUUGAGCGUAUAGAACAGUAUUUACAAUUAGAGGGAGAAGAAAAUGCCGAGGGCUGUAUAAAUCCUCCCUUUGGUUGGCCUACCCAAGGAGCCUUAAGCUUUAAAAAUGUUCAGCUUUCCUAUAGGGAACACUUAUCACCCGCUAUACGUAAUUUAAAUUUUAAAACAGAAGCUUUUGAACGUUUAGCCAUAGUGGGACGUACGGGAGCUGGCAAAACUUCUAUAUUAGCGGCCUUAAUGAGAAUAGCGCCUUUAAGUAAAGGCGAGAUAAUAUUAGAUAGUGUAAAUUUAAAAACGUUAGCGUUAAGUGUUUUGCGUGAUCGUAUUGGCAUUAUACCACAAGAACCGUUUCUAUUCGAGGGUACUGUUCGCGAAAAUCUUGAUCCUCGUUCAUCAUAUUAUGAUUCUGAAAUUUGGCAUGCUAUUACCAAUUGUUCAGCAGCCACCUAUCUAGUGCAAUCUUUAGGUGGUCUCGACGGCAAACUCGAUAGGGGCGGCAUUAAUCUGUCGGCUGGACAAAAGCAAUUAUUGUGUCUAGCCAGAGCUUUACUUAAAAAUUCCAAAGUCAUUUGCAUAGAUGAGGGCACUUCGAAUCUAGACAAUGAUACUGAAUUUGCUAUGAAUCAGGCAUUGCGCUCAUCUUUCAAAAGUUCUACGGUCAUAGUUAUUGCCCAUCGUUUGAAUGGUCUCCACAAUAUGGAUCGUAUUAUUGUUAUGGAUCAGGCUGAAAUAAAAGAGCAGGGCUCACCGCAAGAAUUGGCUUCUAAUACAAAUUCUCUAUUCUACAGUAUGUUACAGGCUCAACAUAUUAGUAUUGAAGAGUUUACGAAAGGUGAAUAAUUGUUUUCCUAUAAUAUUUAGUUUAUUUUUAAGUAUUUUUCUUACUUCUUUUAAUUAAUUUUAAUU